UGGGGGUCUAGCACGGCCUUAACCUUGUUAUUCCAGCCAACGUCUCCCACUCCAGAGCAAGCCAGGCUAUCAGCCUCUCGCCAUGGGCUCUGGGCUGCACGGGGCGCUGAGCCUGCUGCUCCUGCUCCUAGCGCCACUGAGCCGCCCGGCCGCGGGCUGCCCCUCGCCGUGUCUAUGCGCGGGGACGCGCGUGGAUUGCGGGCGCCGCGGGCUGACGCGGGCCUCGCUGCCGGCGGCCUUCCCACCCGACACCACCGAACUGGUGCUGACGGGCAACAACCUGACGGCGCUGCCGCCCGGGCUGCUGGACGUGCUGCCGGUACUGCGUGUCGCACACCUCGGUGCCAACCCCUGGCGCUGCGACUGCCACCUCUUGCCGCUGCGCGCCUGGCUGGCUGGCCGUCCGGAGCACGCGCUCUACCGCGACCUGCGCUGCGCCGCGCCGCCGGCGCUACGCGGCCGCCAGCUGCCCUACCUGGCGGAGGAGGAGCUGCGCGCGGCGUGCGCGCCCGGUGCGCUCUGUUGGGGGGCUCUGGCGGCCCAGCUGGUGCUCCUGGGCCUCGGGCUGCUGCACGCGCUGCUGCUGGCGCUGCUGCUGUGCCGCCUGCGGAGACUGCGCGCCCGGGCCUCGCGACGCCUGUCGCUGACUGCCCCACUGAUGGCGGAGCCGGCCGCGGCCGAGUCCUGAAGGAGAGGAUGGCGCUGAGCGACAGGGGCCUGCAAACUCGAUGGAACCAGCCCAAGGAGCCCUUGACCUAAUUUGGAUCCACCAGGCACAAUCUUCCAGACCAAGCCCCCCCCUACAGUCCCUGGUCUACUUGGGCUCAUCAGCUGCACACUCGCCUUUAGUGAGGGGGGCCACACCCUGUACUGCAUGCAGACCUAAGGGGAACCACACCCUGUAAUUUAUGCAGGGGCUAAGGGGCAGGCUUCAGCUCAGACAGUGUGAAUCCCCAGCCCCAUCUCUCACUAUCUCCCCUCCCCCAUACACACACUUCCAUUGCCAAAAUUCAGUACUGAAUAAACCCUUCUCCUCUGA